CCCAAAGUGGAGCGCAGUCCCAGCCACCCGCUGGAAUGGGGCUACUGCACUGUCUGCUGCUGCUCCUGCAUCUUCUUGUGCUGCGACAGCCCGGCGCCCAGGCCGCGGGCCCCAUUCGAGCCUUCGUGGUGCCGCAUAGCCACAUGGACGUGGGCUGGGUCUACACGGUCCAGGAAAGUAUGCGGGCUUAUGCCGCCAAUGUCUACACCUCCGUGGUAGAAGAGCUGACCCGUGGGCAGCAGCGCCGGUUCAUCUCCGUGGAACAGGAAUUUUUUCGACUGUGGUGGGAUAGUGUCGCAUCAGACCAGCAGAAACACCAGGUCCGCCACCUAGUGGAUGAAGGACAAUUGGAGUUCGUCAUCGGAGGUCAGGUCAUGCAUGAUGAAGCUGUUACCCAUUUUGAUGACCAGAUCCUGCAGCUCACAGAAGGACAUGGGUUUCUCUAUGAAACAUUUGGGAUCCGGCCACAGUUCUCCUGGCAUGUCGACCCAUUUGGUGCAUCUGCCACGACCCCAACCCUCUUUGCGCUAGCGGGCUUCAAUGCCCACCUCAUCUCCCGGAUCGACUACGACCUAAAGGAAGCCAGGCAGGAGGCCCGGGAGCUGCAGUUUGUGUGGCGGGGGUCCCCGUCCCUAUGGACACAGCAGGAGAUCUUCACACACAUCAUGGACCAGUACAGCUACUGUACCCCAUCCCACAUCCCUUUCUCCAACAGGUCAGGGUUUUACUGGAAUGGCGUGGCUGUCUUCCCAGAGCCACCUCCGGAUGGGGUGUACCCCAACAUGAGUGAGCCCGUCACCCCAGCCAACAUUGACCUCUAUGCCGAGGCUCUGGCAGCAAACGUGAAGCAGCGGGCAGCCUGGUUCCAGACACCUCACGUCCUCUGGCCCUGGGGGUGUGACAAGCAGUUCUUCAACGCUUCGGUGCAGUUCAGCAACAUGGACCAGUUGCUGGACCACAUCAACAGCCAUGCUGACAAGCUCGGCGUCUCCGUGCAGUACGCCACACUGGGUGACUACUUCCGCACCCUGCAUGCUCUCAAUGUCACCUGGCGCAUCCAGGACCACCAGGACUUCCUGCCCUAUUCCACAGAACCCUUCCAGGCCUGGACAGGCUUCUACACAUCCCGCAGUGCACUCAAAGGGCUGGCACGGCGAGCCAGCGCCUUCUUGUAUGCUGGGGAGUCCAUGUUCACACGCUACAUGUGGCCAGCCCCCCAUGGGCCUCUGGACCUGGCCUGGGCCCUGCAGCAGCUCCAGCAGCUCCGCUGGGCAGUGUCUGAGGUCCAGCAUCAUGAUGCCAUCACAGGGACUGAGUCUCCCAAGGUGAGAGAUAUGUACCUGGAGCACCUGGCCUUUGGGAUGCAGGGGGUAGGCAAGCUCAUGGCUGCCAUUGUCCUGGACAGACCCCAGCCAGGGGCAGGGCGGGCCACCCCCUCGGCUGACUCAGGUGCGAGGCCCACAGGACACUCUGUGGCAGUCUACAACCCACUGGCCUGGACGAUUACCACCAUCGUUACCCUGACCAUUGGCUUCCCUAGAGUCAGUGUCACAGAUGAGUUGGGCCAUCCAGUUCCUGCACAGGUCCAGAACUCGACCAAGACCCCAUCGGCAUACACCUUGCAUAUCUUGACCACCAUCCCAGGCCUCAGCUACCGGUACUAUAGCGUCAGGCCCACAGCAGGGGCCCAGGAGCCAGUCGCCACAGUGGCCAGCACCCUGCAAUUUGGCCGCAGGCCGAGGAGACGUGACAGUCGUGGGAGGAGGCGCCUGGUGCCUGUGGAAAACGACUGCUACACUGUGUUGCUUGAUGAGGACACCAACCUGAUGCACAGUGUCCAGGAGAGACAGAGUAACCGAAGGGUGAAGGUGACCCAGGAGUUCCUGGAGUACCAUGUCAAUGGUGACCUGAAACAGGGCCCCAUUUCUGACAACUAUAUGUUCACAUCCAAGGAACCCGCAGUGCCCGCAUGGGAAGCCGUGGGAAUGGAGAUUGUGGUGGGAACUCUGGUGACUGAGAUCCGGCAGUACUUCUACAGGAAUGUGACUGCCCAGGAUUACACAUACGUGAUUUACUCCCGGCUUGCUCACGUGCCACAGGGCCAGGACGGGGAGCUGCUCUGCCACCGGAUAGAGCAGGAGUACCAAGUGGGCCCCUUGGAGCUGAACAGAGAGGCCGUCCUAAGGACCAGCACUGAUCUAGACAGCCAGCAGGUCCUCUACACGGACAAUAAUGGCUACCAGAUGCAGCGGAGGCCCUACCGGGCCUACACAAACAACAGCAUUGCACGGAAUUACUACCCCAUGGUUCAAUCGGCCUUCAUAGAGGACAGCAGAAGCAGGCUGGUGCUCUUGUCAGAGCGGGCCCACGGCAUCUCCAGCCAGGGGAACGGCCAGGUGGAGGUCAUGCUCCAUCGGCGACUGUGGAACAACCUAGACUGGAAUCUGGGCUAUAACCUCACGCUGAAUGACACUUCAGUCGUCCACCCGAUACUCUGGCUUCUGUUGGGGCCCUGGUCAGUCACCACUGCCCUGCGCCAGAGGAGUGGGCUAGCCCUGCAGCACAGGCCCAUAGUGCUGUUUGGAGAGCUGGCAGGAACUGCCCCCAAGCCCCCAAAAUCCUGGAAGCAAGAGGCCGUGAUGCUGCCCCCAAAUCUUCACCUGCAGAUCCUGAGUAUCCCGGGCUGGAACUACAGCUCAAACCACACUGAGCAUGUGCAGAAUCUAAGGAAAGGUGAGGCAGGCCAUCAAGGGAAGACCCAGGCUGACCUCCAUCGUGUCCUGCUGCGGCUCCACCACCUGUAUGAGGCAGACGAGGACCCAGUCCUAUCUCAGCCGGUGACAGUGGAUCUGGAGGCCAUGCUGCGGGGGCUGGGGCCCAUGGCGGCAGUGGAGGAGCGCUCACUCACAGGGACGUGGGAUGUGAACACGCUGCGCCGCUGGAGCUGGAUGACAGAGCCUGGCCACCACAGAGGCCGAUCUCCCUCAGGGCCACCAGGAGGCCUCACCAUCACUGUCCACCCGAAGGAAAUCCGGACGUUCUUCGUUUACUUCCGACAGCAGUGAGCCCUCGGCAGGUGCCACUGGCCCCACAGCUGCCCCAGCGACUCUGUGGAAUGAAACAGACCUGGACAUGGAAAACCAAUGUGGAGCAACUCUGGGUGGGAAUAAACUGCUAAUCCAGCAGGCUAAUGGCAGGAAAUGCCUGUAUUUGGGUUUUCUCUCUUAUUUUUUAAAUGUAACAUACACUUUAAGAUCUGGGUUCUUCCCUUCCUGAAUUCGAGCCAGCUCUUUCUGGUUUUUCUCACAUAAAUGACACUUUUCCACA